UCGGCCACUGCCACUCUCAGAGCUGCUCCGGUCCUCCCUCGCUCCCUCAGAAUCGCAUCACUUCCUCCGUCCAGCCACCGCCGUCCCCAUUACGGUCGUCUCCGCCACUGCUCGAAGCCGCCGUCCGCACUGCAACUUGUGUCGCAUCGUUCCUCCGUCGCGAAUCCGCUGUUCUGCCUCGCCGGCUCUGUUCCACCGCGCUCCAGCCCUUCUCUGCUCCAGUUCCGCCACGCUCCACCUCCUCUGCUCCAGUACCGCGCACACCACCCUCCUCUGCUCCAGUUCCGCUGCGCUCCACCCUCCUCUGCUCCAGUACCGUGGCACACCACCCUCCUCGGCUCCAGUUCCGCGGCGGUCCAGGCCAUCUCUUCUCCAGUUCUGCCGCGUCCAGCCUUCCCUGGUACUCCCUCACCUCUGUGCUCUAGAAGAUACCUCUUUUCAAGUAAAGACUCUUGACACUUGUGAAGCAUUGAAGCAUGUAGUAAUCUCCUGUUAAGAAGAAAGAAGAUGUCUCUGUCCGCUAUGAGUUGUUCAAUUCUCCCAACUACUGUAUUCUCCAUUCCCUUCCCUUCUUCCAAAGCCACCAUUUCAAUCAACUCUACCACUACCACCUUAGUCUCCAAGUCAGCAGCAGCAACAUCCAAACACAUAUGGACAAGAACAGUCCAACGCCAUCCACGUGGCAGAACCCGGUACAAAGACCAAACGUUCUUGGACCACAUUGUGGACAUGGAUGAGCUGAUAUCUUCGAUCAGACAGACCCAAAAUGCGGAGGAGCUUUACGCUCUCAUGUCUCCUUACAAUGGCAGGCAGCUCUCUAUGCGUUUCAUGGUUUCUCUCCUUUCUCGGGAGCCAGACUGGCAACGCUCCCUUGCCUUGCUUGAUUGGAUCAAUGACAUGGCUCUCUAUUCUCCUUCAGUCUUCGCCUACAAUGUCGUUAUCCGCAAUGUUCUACGUGCCAAGCAGUGGCAAGUUGCACACGGCCUGUUCGACGAAAUGCGCCAGAGAGGCCUUGCCCCAGACAGGUACACCUAUUCAACUCUGAUUACUCAGUUUGGUAAGAAUGGCAUGUUUGAUUCGGCCUUGUUCUGGCUCCAGCAAAUGGAGCAGGACAAUGUGUCUGGUGACCUUGUCUUGUAUAGCAACUUGAUUGAGCUUUCUCGGAAAUUGCGUGAUUACACCAAGGCGAUUUCGAUAUUCAUGAGGUUGAAGAACGCUAACAUUACGCCUGACCUGGUUGCUUAUAACACCAUGAUUAAUGUGUUUGGAAAGGCUAAGUUGUUCCGUGAGGCUCGCCUCCUCCUUCAGGAGAUGAAGGGUAAUGAUGUCCGCCCGGAUACUGUGAGUUACUCGACAUUGCUCGUGAUGUAUGUUGAGAACCAGAAGUUUGUUGAGGCACUCUCGGUGUUCUCGGAGAUGAAUGAAGAGAAGUGCCCGCUUGAUCUGACGACAUGCAAUAUUAUGAUUGAUGUUUAUGGCCAGCUUGACAUGGCCAAGGAAGCUGAUCGCCUGUUCUGGAGCAUGAGGAAGAUGGCAAUCGAACCCAAUGUGGUCAGUUACAAUACACUCUUGAGGGUCUAUGGAGAAGCUGAGCUGUUUGGGGAAGCCAUCCAUCUAUUUCGUUUGAUGCAGAGGAAGGGUGUGGAACAGAAUGUUGUCACAUACAACACCAUGAUUAAGAUCUAUGGCAAGUCUCUCGAGCAUGAGAAAGCAACGAAUCUCAUUCAAGAGAUGCAGAGCAGAGGUAUUGAGCCAAAUGCCAUCACUUAUUCCACGAUAAUAUCUAUCUGGGGAAAGGCAGGGAAGUUGGAUAGGGCAGCCAUGUUAUUUCAGAAGUUAAGGAGCUCAGGAGUUGAAAUUGAUCAAGUUCUUUACCAAACAAUGAUUGUUGCUUACGAGAAAGCAGGUUUAGUUGCUCAUGCCAAGCGUCUACUUCAAGAGCUUAGGCAUCCAGAGAACAUUCCUAGGGAGACUGCAAUCGCAAUCCUUGCGAGGGCUGGUAGAAUUGAAGAGGCUACAUGGGUUUUCCGGCAGGCUUUUGAUGCUGGAGAGGUGAAGGAUAUAUCUUUGUUUGGGUGUAUGAUUGAUCUUUUCUCAAGGAACAAAAGGCAUGCAAAUGUUGUUGAAGUGUUUGAGAAGAUGAGAGAGGUGGGAUACUUUCCUGAUUCUAAUGUUAUUGCUCUUGUGCUGAAUGCUUUUGGGAAGCUACGUGAAUUUGAGAAAGCAGAUGCUUUAUAUAGAGAGAUGCAUGAAGAAGGGUGUGUUUUUCCUGAUGAAGUUCAUUUCCAGAUGCUCAGUCUAUAUGGAGCAAGAAAGGAUUUCACAACAGUAGAGUCAUUGUUUGAGAAGUUGGAUUCCAAUCCCAACAUCAACAAAAAGGAGUUGCAUCUUGUUGUUUCCAGCAUUUAUGAAAGAGCAGAUAGACUUAAUGAUGCUUCUCGAAUCAUGAACAGGUUGAAUAAAAAAAUCGUAAGAAAUCAUGACAAUACUUAGAGAAGUUUGCAUCUGCUUUCCCUAAUCCCUAUGUAACUUGUAUAGUGAUGAACAUUCUUUUGCCCUUGACCAUGCAUAAAAACUGUAAUCGGAAAAUCUCUCUAUAAUGAGGUGUAUCAUGUAGAUAUGAUAUAUUAUUAUGUUCUGGUGCAAUAAUUUUUUUAUAUAUGCAUAUAAAUGGAGCAGUGCUUCUUCAUUGCAGAUUGUUGAGCCAGUUUCAAGUCAAUUUUUGAGCUUUUCUGGUAGUUUGAUUGUUUUCCUGGUAUAACUGAAAAUAUUUUGUGUGCUCCACCUGUAGCAACUGUCAAUCAAUUUUAAUUAAUUUGGUGCUGAUCUAGUAGUUUAGGUGUGGUUUAAUUGGAAAUCCUAAGCUCCAGAUUGAAGUUAUGGGUGAAAGAAAUAUGGAAAGUGACAUGGAGAAUUAUUUUCAACUCAUGGUAAAAUUUAUUCUUUCGUUAUCUUUGUUCGGAUAUAGUUGAACAUAUUCUCCUCCUUUUCUCUCCCAUUUGACCUCACUUUGCUGCAACAUAUAUUUGUU